CUUGACUAUUUGAUUGGUAUUUGUUAACUUCCACUAGUACAUAUGUCGAAUAACUCUAUCACCAAGACUAAACUGUUCACUAUACUUCUUUUACCUUCUUAUUAUUGUGUUUUACGGUGGUAGUGCCCCCAGCCAGUUUACCCACCUCGUCUAUUUGAUUUGUACCUGCUACCUUCCACUAGCACAUAUGUUGUAUAACUCUUGUUGGGAUGUAUCAUCAUCAUCAUUUAUCUUUCAUAUGAGAGUAAGACUAUUUUGGGGGGAAUGACUGAACAAUUAUGUGUAGCUAUUGUUAUUGAGGGUUUGUAUGACCUCUGUUCUAUCCCUGGAAAUAGAAAGGAAAAAAAAAGUGUACUAAAAAAAGAAUAGAAAAUAUAAAUAUGACCGUAUGAUUGAGAAUUCCAGUGGCAUUAAGAAAUUGAUAGGUUACUGUAUCAUCAUUGAAACAGUGUAAAGAUUGUGGAGUAUUUGAGAUACUCUCUAGUCUUCUGUUAACCUUAUUGUGACAUUACAAGUUUUCAUAAUGGCUUGGCACUUGGCAGUCCAGUCAAAUCGACUUGAAUCUUUUUGUUUUAAAUCAAUGAUCGAUGGGGGUUAGAUUGAACCCUACCAGUAUAUUAGCUCCCAAAAAGUGAUCACAUUGAUUUGAAUCUAAGUUUGGCUGUAAUCCGUUAGGUCUUGAAAAAGACAUGCACAUGGAGUGUAUGAAUGCAAGUGUCUAAUUCCAGAUCUGGCCAUAAUGACAAGACCAAAAAUUGGUUAGAGUUACUAGACUCUAUGUUUAAAUAGUCAUCCCCUUUUGGUGAAAAUUCUUGUGAAAUUACAAGUUAGGACCCCUUUGGACUGUUGCUUUUUGUAAUUAUAUGGCAAUUAGAUAUUUUAUUUUCAAAAUUUGUACUUAUUUGCAGUUAAAGGGUACUAGAAUUACCACAAAAGAACUACAAGCAAACAUUUCUUUAUUAAUGGAAGUUCCAUCAUUGUUGAUAAAACUUGUGGCCAAGUCCAACAAAGUUUUUCUUUCCCCCUAUCUUUUUCAUCAAUAUGAUGACUUAUGAGCACUUACCACUACUAGUGGUACUAUGGUGCUGUUGUUCUGAAGGGAGGAAGUACUAGAGAAUUACGUCUAUAAACAUUUCUACUAAUAGGUGAAGGCUUUAUGCGUUCUACGUUUUAUCCAAGAGUUGCUUCAGGGCUCCUAUGUAUAAAUUCUUAGCGGCCAUCUGAGAUAGAUUGAUCUGAGAUAGAUGGAAGUUCAACGUGCUCUAGAACAAGAGAAAACUUCAGGCAAAGAUGAUGUAGAUGCAAUUAGAACUGGAACUGCGUGGACUGCAGUUGCACACAUUAUAUCAGCUGUAAUCGGAGCUGGUGUUCUCUCUCUAGCUUGGUGCACAGCACAAUUAGGAUGGAUUGCUGGGCCAAUCACCAUGCUUUGUUUUGCAGUUGUUACAUACAUAUCUGCAUACCUCAUAUGUGACUGUUACAGGUCACCUGAUCCCAUAACAGGAACGCGAAAUCCCUCUUACAUUGAUGCUGUUAGAGUUAAUCUUGGCAAGAAAUGGACGUGGUUGUGUGGUUUGCUUCAGUAUGUGAGCUUCUAUGGGACUGGUAUUGCUUAUGUAAUUACAAGUGCAACAAGUAUGAGAGAAAUUCAGAGAUCAAAUUGUUACCACAAAGGAGGAAAAGCUGAUUGCGGGACUGGGACAAGCAUUUUCAUGCUGAUUUUUGGCAUUAUUCAGAUAAUAACGUCGCAGAUACCAAAUUUUCAUAACAUGGCGUGGUUGUCUGUUGUCGCUGCGUUAAUGUCAUUUUGUUACUCUUUUAUUGGACUGGGCCUUGGAUUUUCUAAAGUGAUUGAUAAUAGGGGUAUCAAGGGAAGCAUUGUGGGAGUACCGACAAAGAGUGCUGCUCAGAAGAUAUGGUUAGUUUUCCAGGCACUUGGAGACAUUGCUUUUGCCUAUCCUUAUUCAAUUAUUCUCCUCGAGAUACAGGAUACACUAAAAUCUCCUCCACCAGAAAAUCAGACCAUGAAGAAGGCAUCAAUAAUCGCGAUAGUUAUCACCACGUUCUUCUAUCUAUGCUGUAGUUGCUUCGGAUAUGCAGCCUUCGGGAACGACACACCAGGGAACCUCUUGACAGGUUUCUAUGAGCCGUUUUGGCUUGUUGACUUUGCCAAUGCCUGCAUAGUCCUUCAUCUGGUUGGAGGGUAUCAGGUAUACAGCCAGCCAGUGUUUGCAUUUGUAGAAAAAUGGACAACUCAGAAGUACCCGGAAAACAGAUUCGUGAAUCAAUUCUACGCGAUCAAACUCCCAGUGUUACCAGCUCUUCAGUUGAACCUUUUUCGGUUAUGUUUUCGGACUUUAUAUGUUAUAUCUACAACAGCAAUAGCAAUGGCAUUUCCAUAUUUCAAUCAGGUAUUAGGAAUCUUGGGAGCAUUGAACUUUUGGCCUAUGACCAUAUAUUUCCCAGUGGAAAUGUACAUUGUGCAAAGGAAAAUUGGAGCUUGGACAAAAAAAUGGCUACUUCUUGAAGGUUUCAGUAUGAUCUGCUUGAUUGUAUCUGUACUGGGCUUGAUUGGAUCAAUUGAGGGGAUAGUUAGUGCUAAAUUAGCUUAAAUGUAAAGAUCUCUUCUUUGAUUCUCAAUAAUCUUGCUAGUAAAUAGUGGUAAGAUUUUUAAGCCAAAGACUAUAUUUUCAUUGCUUGUAUACAUGCUACAGACUUUUUGCAUUGCAACAAAUUAGCUUAUUUCAUGUCA